AUGGAAAGUUCAGAAGAUUCCAGAUUGCCAUUAGAGAUCAAAACCAAACUAGCAGAGCUCGAAGUUGAACUUUCUGAAGGUGAUAUAACAGAAAAAGGAUACCAGAAAAAGAAACAGAAGCUUCUAGCUCCGUUUAUCAACGCUCCGAUCAAUUCAACUAAUUCAUCUAAUAACUCACAUAUUCCUUAUGGUGGAGUUUUACUUCCUGGACUUAAUGAAACACAUCAUUUAGGCCCACGUGGCCAGGUUGUUGGUUGUGGUGAUAAUGUUACAGAGUCUUUCAGAAAUGAGCCCCAAAAUAAUUCUCCUAUUAAUGCUCAAAAUCGCAGAUACAUUCGUGAAAAUCAUCGAUAUCGAUCGGAUAUCCGAGAGGAGGCAGUGAAGGAGGCUCUAGUACAAGCUCGGCAGGAACGUCAUGAUGCCUUGGCACCUAGUAAACGUCGUGACCCCAGUCGUUUGUCCUGUAUACAUCAAACUCCUGAACGUGAUGCAACAUAUUCUGAUGAUUCGGAUGAAGAUUUGUCGUCAACAUCUGCACACAUUACGCGUUUAGGGAACAAUUUUAAUCAGUCAUCGGGAUUAAGUGAAAUUCCAAGUUCAAGUGUACCGACCAAUGGUGUUUCCGACAGAAAUCAACUCAGAACAUCAACUACUGCUAUUACUGGUCAGAUACGCAAACAACAAUCUCCUGCUAAUCGAUAUGAUGAAGUGCCUUCUUUGGAUGAAAUUCGAUCCUGUCAACCACCGAUUCGAUCUUCAAAUAGAAUAAAUCAAUCAGAUGUAAAUAGUCCAUGGACUUACACAAACCAGCCUUCUAAUCAACAAAAUGGUAAUUUAGAUGGAGCAUUGAAUACCGCUGAUUCGUUUGAACAGUUAGCUGCUCUUGCUGAAGCUCAGUUAAAUUCUAAUAAUUUAGGGAUGUACGAUUAUUCUGAUCCAUCAGUUAGUACUGUUUUUCAUCAAUCUCAAGUGAUUUCUACUGUUUAUCAACCCCAGUCUGGAGUCAAUUCAUGUCCAAUAUCCAUGACUCAGAAUGGUCAGCGAUCUCAUAUAUUUGGAAGUGUUAGUGUGCUCCCUAGUUUUGCUAGUGGUGUCAUAUCAAAUGGUAAUUCAGGACAUACAAACCAUGAAUUCGUUCCUUCAUCAUCAGCGUAUGACUUACAAGGUCAACAAGACCAGUAUUCUCAGUCAAACCAGCCAGUUUCACUAGCAUCUUCGUCAUCUGCUGAUCUUGAUAAUAGUAAUAGUAGGAAGUUCUCAUCACCAGUAACAGGAGAGUCAGUUGGACAAGAUCCUUCCUCUGAUACCAGUCAAACGACAGGCUUUGUAUGUCAUAAUCGUGUAUCAGAAAAAAUUCAAAAAUUAGUCAACACUUUGAAACGUCCCAAACGAUAUCCAUUACCCGAAUAUUUCCUUGAUGAUGAAGAUCAAGUACUUGUAAGACCUGUUGUUGAUCCUACGGCACCACGUCCCAGAGGUCUUCCGUCUGAGCCACUUAUAGGAGAAGAGCUAGUUAUACCUUCUGGUUUACCAAGAAAUCUAGAAUCUGCGCUUCAGCGUUACGCUAGCUUGAGUUGUAAAACACCUGCCUUAACUUGUUUAGACGUAUCUGGCAGACCAACUCAGGUGCUAACUUACGCAAAAUUGCUGCAACGUGCCAUCCGAAUAGCCUACACACUUUUGAAUAAAUUGGGUCAUCGUGGAGAACAGAGCUUAAAACCCGGAGACCGUGUCGCAUUGGUGUACGCUAAUAAUGAACCAAUCAGUUUUCUGUGUGCAUUUUAUGGUUGUAUUUUGGCCAGUGUGAUUCCAAUAGCAAUCGAAGUUCCAUCUCCUCGUCGAGAUGCGUCGUGUCAAAGUAUGGGAUUUUUAUUAGGUAGUCAGGAUGCACGUAUAGUUUUGGCUAGUGAGCAAUGUUAUAAAGCUUUACAACGUGGUCCUAACGGUGAGAUAUUAUCAUUUUCUGGUUGGCCACGUGUUACAUGGAUUAAUACAGACCAUCAUGCUAGUGGAACCAAACCACCGAAAGAUUGGACUCCUCCUGAUCGAUUAACAAAUGAUGCAACCAUGUACUUAGAAUAUACGUUUAGUAAAGAUGGCAGUGUACAUGGUGUAAUGAUAAGUCGACGUGCAGCCCUUUCUCACUGUCGAGCAUUAACUGUAGCUUGUAAUUAUUCUGAAGAGGAUGUUGUUGUCUGUGUUGUAGAUUGCCGUCGACAAAUCGGAUUAUGGCAUGCUGUUUUGACGAACGUCUUCAAUGGGUUACAUGUAAUUUUUGUGCCUUAUUCAGUAAUGCAGAUUGAUCCUGGCUCUUGGUUACGUAUGGUUACCAAGUACCGAGCGACCGUUGCUAUUGUAAAAAGUCGUGAUAUGCAUUGGGCAUUAUUAGCUGAACGGGAUCAUCCCAAUGUAAAUUUAUCUUCAUUACGUAUGCUUCUAGUUGCGGAUGGAUCAAAUCCUUGGUCUUUAAACUCUUGUGAUUCUUUUACACAAAAAUUUCGAUCUCGAGGAUUUUGUCCUGAAGCUAUCUGUCCAUGCGCUGGAAGUUCAGAAACACUAACACUUUGUUUACGUCGUCCACCUCAUCAAAUGAAUUCAGUAAAUGGAAAAAUAUUCACAAAUCCUCGUUCUGAUUCAAUUGUAGCCUCUCCUCCUAGUUCAGUAAGAGGAGUUAUUUCGAUCCAUAGUCUUACUUAUGGUGUUGUGCGUGUUGAUACUGAAGAUUCCCUUACUUCACUUACUUUACAGGAUUGUGGACAGGUUCUGCCAGGAGCUUCAGCAGUUGUCAUACGUUUGGGUCCCAAACCGAUACUUUGUCAAACUGAUGAAGUUGGUGAAAUAUGCUUAUCUUCUGAUUGUACUGGUUCUGGAUAUUGGGGUCUUCGUGGCCAAACUGAUGCACAUUUUCAUGUGGAACCGAUACAUGAAGAUGGUUCUCCUGUAUGUUCUUCUGUUGGUGUUAAGAAGUAUACACGAUCUGGAUUAAUGGGGUUUCCUGGUCCAGCAUCAUCUGGUGGUUUAAUCUUUAUAUCUGGUUGCAUUGAUGGUUUAAUGACUAUUGCAAGUAGACGUCACAAUGCUGAUGAUAUUAUAGCAACGGUUCUCGCUGUUCAACCGACAAAAAUUAUCUAUAGAGGGAGGAUUGCUGUUUUCUCAGUGGAUUUAUUGAAAGAUGAACGUCUUGUUAUUGUAGCUGAACUAAGACAAGGUUAUUCAGAUGAAGCUGCUUUCACAUGGAUGUCUCUUGUACUGCAAGCUGUUGAUAGUAUUCAUCAAGUUAGUGUUUAUUGUUUAGCUUUGGUCCAUCAAAAUACAUUGCCGAAAACACCUUUUGGUGGGAUAAAUUGUCAUUCUGUGAAAAAACUUUUUUCUGAAGGUCAUUUGCAUCCUACAGCAUUGUUGCUUUGUCCGCAUUCUGCUAUACAAAAUCUACCCCAACCUCGACAACUCAGACCUAGUUUGGUUGGACCAUCUGCUAUGAUGGUCGGUCAAGUUGUUCAAGGAGUUAGGCUUGCAGAGGCACGUGGAAGACCUUUAGGAUCAUCUCCAUCUUCUAAUAUAACUUCUGGUUCACCUGAUAAUGAAUUUCAACUGUUAACUGAGAUACUUAUUCACAGAGCGAAUCACACUCCAGACGACAGAUUAUUUACUGUUUAUAAUACUAAAGGACAAGAAGUUUCGGCGCUUACAUGUAGUCAACUUUUACGUCGUUCAGAAAGAUUAGCAGUUCAGUUAAAAGAAAAAGGUAAAGCUCAAGUGGGAACAAUUGUUGCGUUACUAUAUUCUCCAGGUACUGAGCUUGUUUGUGCAUUUUACGCUUGUCUUCUAAUUGGUGCCAUUCCUGUACCGGUACGCCCGCCUCGAAUAGAUUCUUCCGCUCCUGGUGGUGGUAGCUCCGUUAGUGCUACAAUUAGUUCUGGUCCCAUUGGGCUGCUAUCUGGACCACCUGGUUCAGGAUCAUCAUCCGGUAUAAGUUUAUUAGGUUUAGGAGGUAGUGGUGGUCAUAAUGGGAAUUCACCGGUUAGUGGUAGUGCUGGCCAAUUGUCUUCUGGUACUGGAAGCUUUCCCAAUGUAUACUUUCGGCCGAACACUCCUAGUUUAGACGCUUCAUUGGAUUUAAUUUGGAAUGUUGUUAAGCACUCAGGAGCAACAGUUAUUUUCACGCAAAAUAAUUUGAUUAAACUAUUGAAAUCUAAGGAGGCUACUAAUCGUAUUCCAUUUAAUCAUUGGCCAAUAAUACUUGACUCUGAAGAAUACAAUAGACGGAAAUCGAAUUUCACUAUACAAGCACCUUGUUUAGAUCAACCAAUUGCUUAUUUGGAUUUUGCUGCAUCAACAACAGGUACACUGACCGGAAUUCGUGUAACGCAUCAAGUCGUUUAUGCGUUAUGUCGAGCUCAAAAAAUUCAAUGUGAAUUUUAUCCAACUCGUGAAGUUGUAUUGAGUCUUGAUCCAUAUUCUGGUCUUGGAUUCACUUUAUGGACAUUAACAUCUGUUUACUGUGGACAUCAUUCAGUAUUGAUACCUCCAAGUGUUACAGAAAUAGUACCUGAUCUAUGGCUUACUAUAUGUAGUCAAAGAAAAGUUCGUGAUGCAUUUUGUUCACAUUACACUAUGGAAUUAGCUACACGUUACUUGACUAAACAAAUGUCUAUUUUAAAGCAACGUGAAAUAAGUUUAUCAAGCAUCCGAAGUUUAGUUGUUGUAGCUGAAGAACGUCCCCGGGUUCAUUUGACUUCCAUGUUCACUAAGUUGUUUUCUAGUCUGGGUUUAACAGGACGUGCUGUAAGCACUUCAUUCGGUUGUCGAGUUAAUUUAGCGAUUUCUUUACAGGGUGCUAGUUCACCGGAAAGCACAACUGUUUAUGUAGAUCGUGUCAGCUUACGAAAUGAUCGUGUUAAAUUACUAGAAAAAGGAUCACCACAUAGUAUGUGUCUUAUGGAAUCUGGAAAAUUAUUACCUGGUGUACAUGUAGUAAUAGCUAAUCCUGAUACACUAGGUCAGUGUGCUGAUUCACAAUUAGGCGAAAUAUGGGUAUCAUCUCCCCACAAUUCUACUGAACUAUUAGGUCCAUUCGAUAGUGCUAGUUUAAAUCGUCCUACUGGUGUUGCUUCACAACCUGUACCAGGAAUAAAUGCUGGUGAUUCCUUACAUGCUCGUUUAGUUACUGGUGAUACUGAAAGAGUUUAUGCACGUACUGGAUUUUUAGGUUUUGUUCGACGGACCGAAUUAACUCAAUCUGAUGGAGAACUACAUGAUGCCAUAUUUGUCGUAGGCAGUUUAGAGGAAACCAUUUUACUACGUGGAAUGCGCUUUCAUCCAAUCGAUAUUGAGAAUACUGUGAUGCGUUCACACAAGAAAAUAUGUGAAUGUGCUGUAUUUAGUUGGUCGAAUUUAUUGGUUGUAGUCGCUGAACUAGCUGGUGAAGAGAACGAAGCAAUGGAUCUUGUUCAUCCAAUCACAGCACAUGUAUUAACUGAACAUCAAAUGAUUGUUGGUGUUGUUGUAAUAGUAGAUCCUAGAACAGUACCAAUUAAUCCAUCUGGUGAAAAACAACGAAUUCUAUUAAGAGAUAGUUUUGUUAAUGACAAAUUGGAUCCAAUCUAUGUUUCGUACAAUAUAUUGUUAUUUUACUUACAUUUAAUAGUAAAUGUCUAUCCAAACCAUACUUACAUUCAUAAUAAUAGCAGCUAUGGUGUAAUCGACCAGAAUAUAAAUCACACUACUAAUGACAAUGAUAAUGAUCAUGAUGAUGAUGAUUUAUUAUGGUUACAAUGGAAAAGUUUACAUCAUAAAAAUUAUUCUACUCAUAAAGAGUAUAAUGAACAUCGUGAAAACUGGUUGUAUAAUUUACAUUCUAUGAAACAACAUAAUCUAAUGUAUGAUAAAGGUUUAGUAUUAUAUACAAUAGGGUUAAAUCAAUUCUCUGAUUUAAAUUGGAGUCAUAUAAGUACAAUAUAUUUAACAAAUUUAAGUCAAUAUUUAAAUAAACAUAAACAAAAAAGUCAAAUGUUAUUGAAACAAUCUUUAAAUGAAACAAUAUUAAAGGAAAUACCAGAUUCAUGGGAUUGGAGAAAAGUAGGUGCUGGUAAAUGUGGUGCUUGUUGGGCGUUUUCAGCUGCUGGAGCAUUAGAGGGACAGUUAAAAAAUAGAACUGGUACUUUUGUUGAAUUAUCACCACAACAAUUGAUUGACUGUAGUCAUUCAUUUGGUAACCACGGCUGUUUAGGCGGUGAUAUGAAUAAUGCAUUUCGAUAUGUUGAAAAAGAUGGAAUACAAUCAGAAGAAAGUUAUCCUUAUUUGACAAAAGAAGGUAAAUGUCAACAUAUUAAAUCAUCAUCAUUAACCUACUCUAAAUCAAUUAUAGAAAUUAAACUCAAUGAUGAAGAACAGUUGAAAUAUGUUCUAUAUGAACAUGGACCAGUUUCAGCUGGCAUAAACGUAGAGCAACAAUUUAUGAGAUACAAGAACGGCAUAUAUCAAUCCCAGUCUUGUUCGUCUACAGAAGUUAAUCAUGCAGUUCUGAUAGUGGGAUAUGGAGAAGAAAACGGUGUACAAUACUGGAUUAUUAAAAAUAGUUGGGGGACAUCAUGGGGAGAAGAUGGUUAUGAUAGAAGGCUAAGUGAUUUGCGAAGUCCAAAUCGUCUAGUUCCAUCCAAGCUAUCCAUUGUAUUUCAUGCUUUCACUGAAAUGUGGAAGUUUCCAUUAACCAAUAAAUCACCAGAAGAAAAAGAAAGGGAGAGAGAUUGCCUUGAGGAUGAAUUGUCGAUCUUGAAUUAUUGUAAGAAAGUAUACAGAGAAAGAAACAUAACCGCAGUCGUCGCCUCUCCUCCUAUUGACGUGGUACUGUCAGAUUGGUGUGAGUUCGAACAUAGAAAACUUGCAAAGUGUCAAAAAGUUGAUGGUGAACGACAUGAGAUUAGGCCAUUUAUAUGCCUUGAUAAUAUCCCGAUGUCCAAAUUGUUUACUCCUGUUGGUUGUCAGUUAAGCAGCCUUGAUAAUGAUCGGAGUUACGUCUGUGAAAACUACAAGUUCUGGGAGAAUUCCACCCGAGAAGCUUGUCUGAGACGCAACAUGCGAUUUCAGAGCUAUCUACCAUUCAAACCUUGUGUCAGAGAAAAGGACUUUGGUUCUAUGUAUUUUGCGGCUGCUAAAGUAGUGUGUUGUGAAAAUCUUGACUCUGAAUUUACAAUGGCUCUUUUACCAAAGUGUAGACAUAAUAUCGAUGUACAAGUAAAAUCGUUUCCGCCUACAACCAGUGUUUUGAUGAUAAUACAUAUCUCACUUAAUUUUGCUGUUGAGAUUAAAUUUUGUUCAAAAUGUUGGAUACCAAAGCUAGCUCGUGAAGAAUCUACGUUGUCGCACUUAUAUAUGAUUAGUUUUAUCUAUUGGAUGUUGAUUUUAGAUUCUGCUGUCGUUAUGAAACCACUUACCAACCUUGGAAACAAGACCGGUUCAACGUCCCACAAACUCAAUCGCUUGGGUAAUAAAUUAACUUCCACCGAGAAUGAUGCCUGGGGUAGUGACAAAACUGUCACUAAUUAUUUGUCAUCCACGAAACAAAAUUCUUCUUCUGGCUUAUUAAUACCUGAGCGUGAACGUUAUAGUCAAGCUAAAUUAGCAUUGAGUAAUGACUUACACAAACGGGAAAAAGUGCUAGAGCAAGAAUUUUCAAGUGAAGAAUCACUGAUUUCACCUGAAGACUGGCUGAACGAACCAGUUAAAAGUCAGCUCGAGGAGGACAGUUUAGUUCAAGAGUUUUGGAGUAAAUUUAUUAAAUUGGAAAAUCAGUCGGAACGAGAUCGGGAGACUUUGGAAACAAUUCAUCAUCAGCGAAUUGAAGCCCAAAUGCUUGAACGCAGAAAUGCAAUGCAGAAUGCAUGGGAAAAGGCUGUGAAUAUUAAAAAUCCAAAUAAUUUCACACUGUUUGAAACGCUAAAGCGUUUAUUCCGAGUUGUUGAACAUGACCGCAGUCACUAUGUUAAACGAUUCGAACAUUUACGCAAUAUGGAACUACCUGAAGCUGCUCAACAAUUAGCAUCUAUUAAGGACAGAUUGGUUGAACUUGAUAUUUUGCUUAAUAAAAGUUUGGAAAAAAUAAAUCUGCAUCCAGAACUAAACUCAUCUUUGUUAACUUAUGCAAAUUAUCUUCGAAAUAACAAAUAUCGCAAAUUGGAAGCUCAGUCAAAAGCUGUUUUAUUCGCCGAUAUUACCUUACCAGAUAUGAUUAAACUGCCUACAUUUCAAGAACAGGCAUCAUUAAAAGCUGAAAAGAUUAUAGCCAAACAUCGUCAUCAUCUAGAACCGUUAUAUUUAGACAAGCUGGCGACCAACAAAUCGAACAAAAGUUGGAUUAAGCCACCUAAGAGACAAAAAAUGUUGACAGAUCAUCUUUUUGGAGGCAAUCAAAAUAAAAACUUUUCUCAUUCUCAUCAAAUGAAAACAACUACAAUUAUUCCAACACUUUACAACUUGGUCGAUAUUGAUGCAAAGUCAUUGCUAAGCACUGUGGAUUAUUCUUCAUCUCUAUCAAUAAAUCAAAAUCAACGUACACCUCAUAUGAAUAGUAGUGAAAUAACAGAAAAUAAAACAACUGUUCAAUUUGGUUCAUAUCAGAAUAUAAGUGUUGCUAUGUUACAUUCUGAUCCAGCACUUAAUACAUCCAAUUCAUCUACUGUUAUUAAUUUAUCAACUCAAAUACAUGUUCAUAAAACAACUUAUAUUUUAUUAAUUCUUCUAGGAAUAGUUUUAUGCUUUAUUUGUUUAUUUAUUGUUUUACGUCGUUAUUUUGCUUCAAUUCGAUAUAAUCGUAAAGGUUAUACAUUAACUGUUGUAGAAGUUGAUGAAGUAAUAGCACCAAAAGUCAAUUCACCACAAUUUUUACCAGUUAAACAUAGUCGUCUUAGAAAUACUUCAAAAUCAAUAACAAAUCAUCAUCAUCAUCAUCAUCAUCAUAACGAUUUAAUACAUAAUUGGCAAUUGAAUGGUUAUGAAAAUCCUGCAUACAAAUUCAAUUCAAAUAAAACGGAUAGAUUUACUAAUACAAAUCGUUAUCAUCAUCUUGGAUUAUUUCAUCAAGAUAAUAGUUUUGAUGAUUUCGAAAUUUAAUAAGAAAAAUUUCAAUUCUAUUUGUUUUCAGUCAAUUUAUUGAGAACAGAAAGAAUUGGACAUUUUCUUUUGUUUGUUAUUAACCUACUUACUUAUUACAUCUAAUCUGUUUUUAAACUAUCUAAUAUUUAAAAAAAAUUAUUGUAUAUGUAUCAUUAGUACUGUUUAUCCAUAUACAUACUAAAUCAUAAUGGCCUUCUCAUAUUAGUGAAUAAUAGAUUUUUUGGUUGUCCUUAUGGUAUCCAUUAAUAUCAUAUCUCUCAUAUUCAUUCGUGCUUAUUGUACACGUAAGGCAUCUAUUCAAGCCAUCUUUUUUUAAUAAAUAUAGGCAUACCUACUCAUACAUGCGAAUAAUGUAUUUUUUAUUGUUGUUGUGUGCAAUAUUUAAUGGCUUUAUCAUUAUGAUCUUGUUUGUCAAUGCUUUUCUUUUGUUUAAAUUUGCUUAUUUCUUUCGUGUACAUGAACAAGACGGUUAUUUUCUUUCUUUUUUUUUCUUUUAGAGCUUUUAAUCAUUAAUUUAUAUUUAUGCAUUUAUUUCAUUUGUAAUAUAGUUCCGUUUUUUUUUAAAGAAAAAAAGUUGCAUAUGUGUUUAUAUUCACUUCUGUGCUUAUGCUUCAUCUUUGCAUAUUUUAAAAAAAAAUGGAAUUUUUAACUAUGGUUUAAUGUCUUUAAGCCUCCAAAUCGUUGAGUUGUUGUAGGUUCAAAUCGAAUGUAUCUACUAGAACUUUGGCAUGUCAUACAUCAUGAUCGAC